AUGGCGGCAUCGUUCAACACCCUCGAGCGCGAACGUCUCUUCCGCAACCCCUCAGAAGAUUCCUACGGUGUUCCGAUCUUGCAAGAGGUUGUCGCACCACACUUGGAUUCCUUCAACAGCAUCACCAAAUUUGGUGACUCUGAGGAAGGUUUGCUUGAUUAUGCUGUCAAAGACAUUGGAAAAAUGUCUGUUUUCGACAACAGUCAGAACGAUACCAAUGUAACUGAAUCUGGUCAGAUUCUUGGUAACAAGCUCACCUACUGGAUCGAAGAUCCCAAGAUUCACAAACCCAUGGUCAACGAGAACGAUAUGCUUUCAAAGAGGCGCACAGUUCUCCCCACCGAAUCUAGAGAAAGAUUGGUGACCUACCGUGGAAAGCUUUCUGUCAAGCUCUGCUGGAGAGUAAACGAUGGUCCUGUAUCUUCCGAGUCCUUUGGUCUCGGACAGGUCCCGAUCAUGGUUCGUUCUAACCGCUGUAACCUGUACAAAAUGUACUCUAAGCAACUUGUGGAGAGCAUGGAAGAGUCUGAGGAGAUGGGUGGUUACUUUGUUGUGAACGGUAUCGAAAAGUUGAUCCGUCUCUUGAUUGUCCCUCGCCGCAACCACGUUACUGCCAUUAUCCGUAACUCUUUCCAGAAUCGUGGUUCUGCUUACUCUUCCUAUGGUUGUGCCAUUAGAUGUGCUAGACGUGAUCAGACCACACAGACCAAUACUGUUCACUACCUCAACGACGGCAACAGUAUGCUGCGUUUCGCCUGGCGUAAGCAGGAAUACAUGGUUCCUGUAGUCCUGAUUCUCAAGGCUUUGGUGGAUACUUCAGACAAGGAAAUAUUCGAUGCUCUCUGUCAGGGCGAUAUCAAGAACACUUUCUUGACUGAUCGUAUUGAACUUUUACUGAGAUCAUUCAAGAUCUACCCUCUCUACACACGCAACGACUGUCUCAAGUACUUGGGUGAGAAGUUCAGAAUUAUCAUGGGCCUCGAUGACGACUUGACCGACCGUGAAGUUGGUGAGGCUUUGCUUAAGAAGAUUGUCCUCGUUCAUCUCGACAACAACAGAGACAAAUUCAACUUGCUUAUUUUCAUGAUUCGUAAACUUUACUCUCUUGUUUCUGGUGAAUGUUGCCAGGACAACCCAGAUGCCCCUCAACAUCAGGAAGUUCUUUUGGGUGGUCAUUUGUUUAACAUGAUCCUCAAAGAGAAAAUUGGUGACUGGCUCACGGGCAUUAAGCAGCAGAUUCGUAACGAAAUUCGCAUGUUCCCUGCUAAAGUAGACUUUUUCAACAACAAGUACAUCUCAACUGCCUGCCGCAAGACACCCUCGGAUGUCGGUUCCAAGCUGUCUUACUUUAUGGCUACUGGUAACCUUGUCAGUAAGACUGGUUUGGAUUUGCAGCAGGCUACUGGUUACACUCUUGUUGCCGAGAAACUUAACUUCUACCGUUACAUCUCACAUUUCCGCUGUAUCCAUCGUGGUGCUUUCUUCGCCGAACUCAAGACAACCACUGUUCGUAAGUUGCUUCCCGAAGGUUGGGGUUUCCUCUGCCCUGUACACACUCCCGAUGGUUCUCCUUGUGGUCUUUUGAACCAUUUGGCUCACAAGUGCAAGGUCGUCAACGAACCUUUGUCUGUCGAUAAACUUCCCCCUCUUUUGGCUACCCUCGGUGUGUCUCAGGCUGUGUUGCAUUCUAUCAACCGUCCUGGAGAUGUGGCUGUGAUGCUCGAUGGUUGUAUCAUCGGUUGGUGUACACCCAAGUCUGCAGAGAAGAUUGCCACCAGACUCAAGGUUCUUAGAGUCAAUGGUGAAAAGGGUGUUCCUCUCGAUAUCGAAAUUGCUUCUGUACCUGUGUCUUAUGGUGGUGAAUACCCUGGUUUGUACAUCUUCUCUACACCUGCUCGUAUGAUGCGUCCCGUCAAGUUCUUGGCCAACGGAAAGACCGAUAUGAUCGGUACCUUUGAACAGGUUUACAUGGAUAUCGCUUGUAUGGAUGAUGAAGUUGUGCCCAAUGUCACUGCCUACCAAGAGUUCGCCCCCACCAACAUCUUCAGUAUCAUUGCAAACAUGACUCCCUUCUCAGACUUUAACCAGUCUCCCCGUAACAUGUACCAAUGUCAGAUGGGUAAACAAACUAUGGGUACUCCCUCUGCUGUAAUCAACCGACGUACCGAUAACAAGCUGUAUCGUAUUCAGACCGGUCAGACACCUAUUGUUCGCCCCGCACUUCACAAUGAAUACGGUUUUGACAAUUUCCCUAACGGUGCUAAUGCCAUUGUCGCUGUUAUUUCUUACACUGGUUACGAUAUGGAGGAUGCUAUGAUUUUGAACAAGUCUGCUCACGAACGUGGUUUCGGUUACGGUACUGUCUACAAGUCUGAGAUUAUCGAUCUUUCAGAAUACCGUACACACGGUGAACCUAUUUCCUAUCACUUUGGACUCGAUCCCACUAAGCGCAAGAAGUUCAUGGGCAAGAUCGGUGAUGAUGGUCUGCCUCACAUCGGUGCCCACUUGGAGGCUGAUGAUCCUCUCUGCUCUUACAUUGACGAGUCUACUGGCCGUUCGGUGAUCAAGAAGUGGAAGGGACCUGAAGAUGCGUACGUUGAUGAAGUUCGUCUGUUGGGUGAUGACUCUGGUACAUCUCCCCUCCAGAAGAUUCACAUCAAGCUUCGUAUCACUCGUUCCCCAGUUAUUGGUGAUAAGUUUUCAUCUCGUCACGGACAAAAGGGUGUCUGCUCUCAAAAGUGGCCCGCUGUCGACAUGCCUUUCACAGAGAGUGGUAUGCAGCCAGAUAUCAUCAUUAACCCUCACGCUUUCCCCUCCCGUAUGACAAUUGGUAUGUUUGUCGAGAGUAUGGCAGCCAAGGCUGGUGCUCUUCACGGUAUUGCACAAGACAGCACACCAUUCAAGUUCAAUGAAAAGUACACCGCAGCAGAUUACUUUGGUGAACAGCUUAUUGCUGCAGGUUACAAUUAUCACGGUAAUGAAGCCAUGUACUCUGGUAUUACUGGUGAAGAAUUGAAGAUGGAUAUCUACAUUGGUGUUGUCUACUACCAACGUCUCAGACACAUGGUUAACGAUAAGUUCCAAGUGCGUACAACGGGUCCUGUGCACAAUUUGACUAUGCAGCCCGUCAAGGGUCGUAAGCGUGCAGGUGGUAUUCGUUUCGGUGAGAUGGAGCGUGAUUCUUUAUUGGCACACGGUACAAGUUUCUUGCUUCAGGAUCGUUUGAUGAACUGUUCCGAUUAUUCAAGAGCUCAUGUCUGCAGAUUGUGCGGUUCGAUCGUUUCUCCCAUUUCUACAAAGGUCGCUUCUUCACUUUCAUCGAAGCAGCACUACGAAUGCCGAAGCUGUGGUACAUCAAAGGGCAUUGAUCUUGUCGCAAUUCCUUAUGUAUUUAGAUACCUCACUACUGAACUCAUGAGUAUGGGUAUCCGCCUCACACUGGGUAUUGCACCAGGAGCCGAAGAUUACAAAAAGUAAAGAAAACUGCAAGACUAUAAACAAAUUUGAGAGAGAGGGGAAAAAAAGCGCAAAAGUUCAUCCACCACAUUAAAUUAUCAAUUUUACAUUCUUUUUUUUUAUAAUCAUAACUCAAAAACACAAUUACACAAUUACACCCAUAUAUAUAUAUAUAAAAAUAGCAAAAGAAAUGAAAGGAAGACAUUGGGAUAUUCUAUUAUGAACUUGUUUUGAAAUCUGUAUAUUAAACAACAAGACAUAGCGGAAGAAGAAGAUAAAGUAGAAGAAGUAUAUAUAUAUAUAUAUAUAUAUAUUCUUUGAUUAGAUACAAUAUAUGAGCUGUGGAUAUAUAAAUCGGUUGCCUUUAUAUUAUU